AUGAGGAAAAGCCACAGCGCUUCGUUGACGAAAGCGAAAGCGCCUCAACCGGGCGACGGCGACGGCGGCGGAGAGACGGCCCGCGCUCAGUACAGUAUUCCGGGGAUUUUACACUUUCUGCAGCACGAGUGGGCCCGGUUCGAGGUGGAACGGGCGCAAUGGGAGGUGGAGCGGGCCGAACUGCAGGCUCAGAUCGCGUUCCUGCAGGGUGAGAGGAAAGGCCAGGAGAACCUGAAGAAGGAUCUGGUGAGACGGAUAAAGAUGCUGGAAUACGCUCUCAAACAGGAGCGGUCAGUAAACACACACACAUUUCAAUCAUUUACGCACGUCUGUGUGAACAUGGCCAUUAUCGGGGCAAGAAUGGGGAGAAGAGAUGGAAACAAAAAAUGCAUCGCUGGAGAAACGGUGAACGAAGAAAACGCAAACAACAGCUCCCCGUCGCAGGCACAAGAUGGUGAAGCUAAUGCUAAUACUCAUCUGAGUGAUGCGGCAAGUUUGACAAAAGUUCUGGAGGAGAUAAGGGAAUUUCACAAAGACCCAAAACAACAACUAAACGAGAUUUUCACCGAACUCACCAGUGUUAAUCAAAAGAUUGCGGAGGCGGAAACGCGAAUUGGAAAAGUAGAAGACCGCGUUCAAAACGUAGAACAGGUGAUGAGCAAGAUGAUAAAAGUGAUGAACCAACAGGAAAAUAAACUUCUCGACCAAGAAGGGAGAUCACGACGGGAGAAUAUAAGGAUCUAUAAUGUUCCCGAAGGAGCAGAGGGGACGUCAAUGACGCUGUUUGUGGAAAAGUUACUACGGGACGAGCUGGAGAUCCCCUCAACUACAGAUCUUGGCAUCGAGAGAGCUCACCGGGCACUCGCACCGAAACCCUCUGGCAACAGGGAAGAUAGACCGCGGUCAAUAAUAAUCAAAUUCCACCGCUACAAAAUCAAAGAUAUUCUGCGCAAAGCCUGGGGAAAGAAGGUGUUUUUGAAUGAAAGACCAAUAUACUUCGACCAAGAUUACCCUCCGGCAAUUCUACAGAAACACAAGGAAUACUUCGAAGCCAAACGGGUACUAAAACAGAAACAGAUACGCUUCCAGACCCCGUUUCCAGCUAAACUACGGGUGUUUUAUGGUGACGGGACGCGACCAUACGCGACUGCAGACAUGAAGGACAGAGGAUUGCCCGUCAGUGUAAUCACACCGAGAGAGAGUCUUGCUGAGCAACUAUCCCGUACGGCCUGGGAGACGACGAGAGGACUGAGACAACAGGGUAUGGAAGAAGAACGGAGUGGAUCGUUCAAGUUCUAUUUAGCGAAGUUUAUUAACACGGGAUCUUCAGAUAAAUAUGCUAAACUACGGGUGUUUUAUGGUGACGGGACGCGACCAUACGCGACUGCAGACAUGAAGGACAGAGGAUUGCCCGUCAGUGUAAUCACACCGAGAGAGAGUCUUGCUGAGCAACUAUCCCGUACGGCCUGGGAGACGACGAGAGGACUGAGACAACAGGGUAUGGAAGAAGAACGUGAGAGGAACAUUAGAGAGAGGUACCUGCAGGAGGUGGGCUACACCGACACCAUCCUGGAUGUGAAGUCUCAGCGGGUCAAAGCGCUGCUCGGUCUGGCUGGAGACAGCGGAGAGAGACCCGGAGACAAGCGCACCGAGCCCAUGGUGAACGGGACCGAGCCGGCCUCGCUGAAGGACAGCACCACCACCAUGAUCGGUAAAGCGGAGAUGACGGAGUCCACCACGGUGCUGGAAGCCUUCAAGUUCAUCGAGAAAGCUGCCGCAGAGUUCAGCGAUGAAGACGACGAUGAAGACAGCGAGGGACAGAACAAGACCAUCGUGGACCUCUCCACCAUGGUGAGGAGGAAGGUGUCUCCGUCUCCCUCCUCUUCCUCAGCUGACAUGAGCGACGACUUGGACACGGAGGAGGUUCUGAAGGACUUUGACUUCCUGGCCAAUAGUGAGGACAUGGAGGGUCCGUCUGAGGCGCCGUCCUCCGGAGAGCGAGCCGACUGGGAAAAGCAAGAGCAGAGCCCCUCGUCUGAGUCCUGGGACGUGGAUGAGGGUCUGAUCUCUAAACUCAAGGAACAGUACAAGAAGGAGCGCAAGGGCAAGAAAGGGGUGAAGAGGCCGAACCGCUGUAAGCUGCAGGACAUGCUGGCUACCCUGCGAGACGCGGAGGAUCUGUCGUGCAUCCAGCCUCCGGUGGCUCCUCCGGUCCGUCCCAGCCUGCCCCGCCUCAACGAGCCCCCGCUGGGACACACCGACGAGGUCGAAGCGCUGACGUUCCCCCCGUCCUCGGGAAAGUCCUUCAUCAUGGGGACAGACGAGGCGCUGGAGAGCGAGCUGGGUCUCGGAGAGCUGGCCGGACUCACCGUGGCCAACGAGGCCGAGAGUCUGUCCUACGACAUCACUAAUAAUAAAGACGCCCUGCGGAAGACGUGGAACCCCAAGUUCACGCUCAGAAACCACUUCGAUUCGAUCCGCGGCCUUGCGUUUCACCCCGUCGAGCCGGUUCUGAUCACCGCGUCUGAAGAUCACACGCUCAAACUGUGGAACCUGCAGAAAACCGCCCCGACCAAGAAGUGCACUGCUCUGGAUGUGGAGCCCAUCUACACCUUCAGGGCUCACAGGGGUCCGGUUCUGUGUGUGGUGAUGAGCUCCAGCGGUGAGCAGUGUUUCAGCGGCGGUUUGGACGCGAGCAUUCAGUGCUGGAACACACCGAGCCCCAACAUCGACCCGUAUGACUCGUACGAGCCGUCGGUGCUGCGGGGGGCGCUGUCUGGACACACAGAUGCAGUCUGGGGUUUGGUCUACAGCUCGGCUCAUCACAGACUGCUGUCGUGCUCCGCAGACGGGACGGUGAGGCUCUGGAGCGCAGCGGAUACGACGCCCGCCAUCGCCGUCUUCAACCAGGACAAAGAGCUGGGCGUCCCGUCGUCGGUGGAUCUGGUCUGCAGUGAUCCGGCUCACAUGGUCACGGCCUUCACUAACGGCAGGUUGGGCAUCUUCAACAUGGAGACCCGACAGCUGGUGCUGGAGCUCGAGUCGCAAGCCGCCGGAAAACCUGAUGCGCCGUGUCAGAUUAAUAAAGUGCUCAGUCACCCGACGCUUCCCAUCACCAUCACAGCACAAGAGGACCGACACAUCCGAUUCUUCGACAACAACACAGGCAAGUUGAUUCACUCUAUGGUCGCUCAUCUGGAUGCUGUCACCAGUCUUGCAGUGGAUCCCAAUGGUCUCUAUCUGAUGUCUGGUAGUCACGACUGCUCGGUGCGUCUGUGGAACAUGGAGAGCAAGACGUGCAUCCAGGAGUUCACGGCUCACAGGAAGAAGUUCGACGAGUCCAUCAACGAUGUGGCGUUCCACCCCACCAAGUGCUACAUAGGCAGCGCGGGAGCCGACGCCCUCGCCAAAGUCUUCGUAUGACCUUCAACCUCCGACCAAAAACUGCUUCCGCAAACUCGUGCGCGGUCAAACUCGAACGGGACGGGAGGGCCGAGACCGUGAUGAUCCGGGCAGGCCUGGGUGCUCAAGGGAAAGUCAACAAACACGGAGGAACGCCAGAGGAAGCUCCAAACAUCUCCGUUCAGCCUCACAGGAAGUUGGGUGCUUCCCACACUUCUGUAGUUUUAGUUCUCCUUGAGUUCCUCUUCUCCUCCGCCUCUCUGGAUUUCCCGUCUUGCGUUCGCUCCUUUUUAACGACGUGCCUUUUGCUUCAAAACGCGGAUCCUCUUUGAGGGAAAACGAACCCCGUCGAUGUUUUAAACUCACCAAAUGCAUCAAAUUAUUCGGACGGAAAGUAAAGUUCGGUUAAGUUUCUCACGCAGGGUCAAAAUCCUGAUCGGAUGCAGAUGAAAUGCAUUGAAUUUAAUGCUUCUCUUGUCUGACGGACGAUCCUGUCAACAAUUAAAUAGAAUUGUACAUAAUAUAACAUAACUCAGAAAACUUACUAAAUUU